AGGAGCGAGUCUAAGUCUCGGGUCGCAACAGGAUCCUUACCUCUCAACCUGUCUCCCCUACCAACACUGAGCACCGGUCCAGCCCUGCUCUGGGCCUGCGGUCUUCUCUGAGCAACCGUCGAGGGAUGCAUUGAUUCCUGCCAUGGCCUCAGCAGGGGCCAAGAGGCAGCCAGAAGCCCAGAAUGGGGCAGCAGUAGGGUUAGCCCAGGUUGCAGAGAUCCCUGAGUGUCCAGGAACAGAAGAGUGUCUGGUGCCAGCACACGAGACCUGCAGCACUCCAGGUGAAGACAGGUGUCCAGUAGGACACAGCUUAGAGCCAGAGCUCCAGGAGGAAGGAAUAAACCUGGGAGAGGAAGGGCUCAAUCCAGGGGUGGAAGCAGGAGAGGAGAGAGGACCCAAGCCUACAUCAUCCAUCGUGAGGCCAGCUCAUGGGCCCAAGAGAAAGGCAGAGGCCGAACUGCCACCAGGGCUGCUGCUACAGAAGGAGGAGCCAGAAGGCAGCCACAGUGAAUCCUCGCUGUCAUCUAAACAGCACAAAAAAGCCAAGAAACGCAAGAGUGUAGGGGCUCCUGUGCCCCCAGCUGUGGCCAGCGCAUCUGCACCCACAGAGACCUUGGGGCUGGAGCCCUUUGCUGUGCCUUGGGUUCUUGCAGGAAAAGCCCAGCGCCUGCGGCCACUGUACCAGUACAUCAACUAUUGCAACCCAGAGCUGAAUCAGGCAGGGGAUGGGGACAGGGAACCGGAGGCUGAGCCUGAGUCGGAGUUAGCCCUGGCUCCUGAGGAGGCAGGUGUGGAGCAGCUGCAGCUGCAGACCUUGCUGCCCAUGGCAGGUGAGCUGGGCUUAGGCCUUGCUUUGCCCUGCCCUAAUCCAUUAGCACCACUGACCCAUAAUCUUCCUCCUCUGGUAGAGGAGGUUGGAGAGGAGCCUGGGGGUUUGUCUAGUCUAAGGGUGAGUGGCAGCCUCAAGGCUGAGGUGGAUAAGACAACCCAAGUGGAUAUUGACAAGAUGUUGAGUGUCUGUGCUGCCCCUCUUGUGCCCCCGCUGUCCCCUCAGUACAAGUGACCCAUUGAGAAUGUCCGGGUCUAGGCCUAAACUAUGGCUUUAAGCCCGUAGGCCUAAGCCAUCAGAUGGAAGAAGGGAUUUAGUCUUUUGUCUAUACUUGAGAAUUUACGCUCACUGAAAAUAAACAUUUACCCCCUUUG